CCGUCCCCUCAGGCCCGGGGCGCCAUGUCGUCGUCGUCGUCGUCGUCGUCGUCGGGCCCCGGGGCGGCCCCCGCCGGGGGUCUGUCGAUGUUCCGCUGGCUGGAGGUCCUGGAGAAGGAGUUCGACAAGGCCUUCGUGGACGUGGACCUGCUGCUGGGCGAGGUGGACCCCGACCAGGCGGACAUCACCUACGAGGGCCGCCAGAAGAUGACCAGCCUCAGCUCCUGCUUCGCGCAGCUCUGUCACAAGGCGCAGACCGUGGCGCAGAUCAACCACAAGCUCGAGGCUCAGCUGGUGGAUCUGAAAUCGGAAUUGACCGAGACCCAGGCUGAGAAAGUUGUCUUGGAAAAAGAAGUGCACGAUCAGCUUUUGCAGCUCCAUGCUGUUCAGCUUCAGCUUCAUGCCAAAACUGGCCAAAGCGUAGACUCUGGAGCCAUUAAGGCGAAAUUGUCUGUCUUCUCUGUGGAGGAGCUGGAGAGAGAGCUCGAAGCCAACAAGAAAGAAAAAGUCAAAGAGGCGCAGCUGGAGGCCGAGGUGAAACUGUUGAGGAAAGAGAACGAAGCUCUUCGUCGGCACAUUGCUGUUCUCCAGGCUGAGGUCUACGGGGCGAGGCUGGCCGCCAAGUACCUGGACAAAGAACUGGCCGGAAGGGUCCAACAGAUCCAGCUGCUCGGUCGAGAUAUGAAGGGACCAGCCCACGACAAACUUUGGAACCAGCUGGAAGCUGAAAUACACCUGCAUCGGCACAAGACGGUUAUUCGUGCCUGCAGGGGCCGAAACGAUCUGAAACGGCCCCUGCAGGCUCCCCCCGGACAUGAUCAAGAUUCUCUAAAAAAGAGCCAAGGAGUGGGUCCAAUCAGAAAAGUUCUCCUUCUGAAAGAAGAUCAUGAAGGAUUAGGCAUUUCAAUCACGGGCGGAAAGGAACACGGUGUCCCGAUUCUCAUCUCGGAAAUCCAUCCCGGCCAGCCCGCGGAUCGCUGCGGAGGACUUCACGUGGGCGACGCCAUUCUGGCCGUCAAUGGCGUCAACCUGAGGGAUGCCAAGCAUAGAGAAGCUGUAACUAUUCUUUCCCAGCAGAGAGGGGAGAUUGAGUUUGAAGUGGUUUACGUGGCUCCCGAGGUGGAUUCUGAUGACGAAAAUGUGGAAUACGAGGAUGAGAGCGGGCACCGUUACCGCUUGUAUCUUGAUGAGUUGGAAGGUGGGAAUCCCGGUCCUAAUCGAAGAGGGGCCAGUGCGGACGUCAGACUGUUACAAGGCUUCGAUAAGAAGCCGGUAAUCGAUGGCCGUGAAAAUGGAGAACUGGGAACUUCAAGAGACACUCCCUUAGAUGACUCCACGUCCAAGCUAGCGGAGUCCGCCGAGUCUCUGUCGUAGACGGUCGGUUGAAUCGACCGUCUUCUGCAGGCAAGAUUGAUAAUCAGUAGACUGUUCUGGAUUUUAUUCGCUAGGGGAGGGAGUGAUGAGCACUACCUAAAAUCGAAGGGAGGCUGUGGUGUCUGUUGCCAAAGUGAAAGGCAGUUACCUCAGGGCUUCACUAUGAGCAAUUCUAAAUGUCUAAAACUCUGUUUUCUGUGCUAAACCAUAAUGGGCAAAUUGCAUGUAGAGCUGUUUUUUUUAUUUUCUUCAACGGUGAGCGCCAAAGCAUGUGGUUCCAAAGGGAUAUUCCGAGCGGGAUUAAGGCACGUAAUGGUUCAUAUUUUGUUUCAAGUUCUUCCUUUUCCCCGUGGGCCUAGGACAGUGUUCAGUAGGAAUGGAAUUGCCUAAGUACAGAAGAGUGAGUUAAUGUGAACCUGCAUUGUGUGUUUGAAAUGGCAAAAAUUGCUUUUCUGUUCAUGGCAGAAAAGGAGGUUUUACUUUAAAAACAUUUUUAAAAAAUGAAGAACCAUAGGAAUGAUGUAGUUUCCUAUUUAUUGUGGGUAUUAAUUCCUGAAUCACUUCUUAUUGAUCAUUUUGGGCAUAGGAAGUUUCCCUGGUACUUAGUUAAAAAGUCAUUUUCUGUAAGGAGACCCUUGUCAGUCAGUGCUGCGACCAGAAAUGUUUUCCAGAAAAUACAUUUAAAGUAAAUGCAAAUUAGUGUUAAAAGUGUGUUUGGAAUUAUGUUGGUCCCCGCGACCGGUAUUGGAGUAUUAUUACACUUGGGGUGUUCGUUCUUCAGUGGUAAUUAGUCGGGGUGAUCAGAGAUGGCUUUAUGCCUUUUAAGUUGUUCACAAAGUUUGACGUAACUAUGAUAUAGUCUGGGGACUAAGGUUAAACUUUGUAACUGUUGAAAUGGAAACCCAUUGCCUUUUCCUUUUCCCUGAAAGUGGCUGCUACUCACUGUUCCCUAAGGGUAUAGGGCAGGGGGGAAGGGUCCAGAAACGUGACCAGGAAUUUGCCGUAUUUUUCUCUCAUGUCGUCUGUAGACAAAAGUUAGAUACCUAGCGGCCUUCACACGUAGGCCCACUGGCGCCGUGAUAUAUUUUUUAAUCUGGGGAAAGCAUACAGUGACUACACUCCUUUCUGCCACUCUGCAGGCUCUCCCCUAGGGGAAAAAUCAAAAUGUCGAGUGGAGAGGUGAUCAUCACUGUUUAAGGCACAUGUAUAAACGGAGGGAAAAAAAAUCUACGACGCCUUUAAAAUGAUAGCAGUUUAUCCCAGGCUCGUGUUCAGAACUUGUGAUGUCAAGCACAGUGUGUGGUGUCCCCUGGGUGCACUUAUAUUUGUUUAUAGAGAAAUCUUUCAAAAUGUAUGUAUAUAUACUCUAUUCCUGGUUUGCUAUUUAUAAGUCUUGAGUUUAACUCUUGCUCAUUAUAUGGGGUUUUUGUUUUGGGUGGCAUCUUUCACUCCACCGAGCUUACUAUCUCCUAUAUGUUCCUUUAAAAAAUAUUAAUACACCUCAUAUUGUCUGUGGUUCUGGUUCAUUCAAUUCCUUAAACACAUACCCUUGUCUCCAAGCAAACGCUAAUAUUUAAUAGUAGGUCUGAGUCGGCAAGGUGCCUCUCUUGGCUCAGACGAGCCUUUUACAAAAGACAUUUAAAUGUUUCGUGCAUGAAAUGAGAUCCGUGGGUGGAUUUUGGCCAGUAUCGCCAUUAUUGUCCUGCUUCACGAGAAGUUUUUCACUCUGGCCAGUCUUGUGAAGACAGGUGGUGGUGGUGGUGGGGCCUUUGAGGCAUGUCUUCAGAACUAACUCGAUAACGGGGACAUUCACACUUGGUGGGGGAGACCAUAUUUCAUCUUUCUCUGACCUCCGAGGGGGGUGAGGCUGGAGCCCGUUGAUGGUUUUGAUCGGCCACCCCGUUGACGGGUCGUUCCCAGUCUAGCGACGGGAUCCCAGGAAGAAUGGAGAUGCCAUCCGGAGUUGGGUGUGAUGGAAAUAUUCACCGUCUUCUUUCAUAACCAGUUUGAAACGGGACGGGCGAUGGAAAAUACUUCCCCAUCCUCCCUCCCCGAAGUGGAAAUCCCUCAACCCAAGGAUGGUGGUGACUGGGUCACUUGGCCAUGUAAUCCCAGCCGGCCUCGCUCGGUUUGGAAGCAGAGUGCCAAGGGUCCCUUCGGGACGGACCGCGGGGGAAGCCUCGCCGCCGGGAUAACUGACAGGUUUCGACACCCAGCAGAAAGGAGCAGCACGACGGAGCUGAGCUAGGAUUUGCCGACCGAAAUUUCCACCGUGCAGGGGUCCGGAGCCAACAUUCAGCCCCGGGGACAGGAAACGAGGCGGUCUUGAAGUGUGUCCGGUUAAUCACAAGCCAUGUUUGGUUUUCUCCUGGGGAUCGGCUUAUGGGAGUGAAGGUAAUUACACAUUUGCCUCAAAAGGAGACAAAAGUGGGCAGGAAGAGGAAAGCGUGGCUUCUGGGGCAGAUAUUUUGGACUCCUAACCUUUCCCUUAGGCUUGCCGGAAUAGCUGGGAGUAGGAUUGAUGAUUGGAUUGAGGAGCCUUUGCAAAGAAUGUGAAGUAAGAUGAAUGCUAUCGGGUGGAGGAUGGCGGCGUCUCCCGGGAGGUAGAGCGCUGACCACGUUAACGGUUUUUGGUAUUGCACCUUCUGAAACUCACCAAGUGUUCUUGAUUCGAGUAUACGUUGAGCGGUGUCUGAAGUUACUAUCUAAUCGGCCCAGUCAUCCUUCCGUAUGUGUAGAAGAUACACCAUUUUCAACAAAUGUAUUAUAGCCAGUGAACUUGAGUUUAAUAUUUUUUUAUUAGCUUGUAAAUAAAGAUGGCAUCUUCUGCAUUAA